AUGAUACUUAAUAAGUAUUUUUUAAUAUUUAUUAUUUAUUUUAAAUAUAGUCAUGCUGGUGUAAUUGAAAAUCAAAAUGAUUAUAAUAAAAUUUCAAAAAGAAGCGUAAAGAAAGAAGAUCAAAAAAGUAAUAUAUUAUUAAAUGAAAUAUUAGAUAGAAAAAAAAGAAAAGUAAAAGGAGAUAAAACUUAUAAAUGGAAAUUUACAAUAAAUUAUUUCGUUGAUAAUGAUGUCGAUAUUAAUAUAGUGAAAAAAGCAUUAUAUGAAAUACAAUCAAAUACAUGUUUAAAAUUUUUAAGACGAAGUCAACUUUAUCCGAGAAUGUCAGGAAUACGAUUUAUUAGAAGAGAAACAUGUUAUAGUACAGUGGGAAAAGAAUUAGAAAAAAUAUGGCAAGAUAUAAGUAUUGCAAAUUACUGUCAAAAUAUUGGAGGUGUUCAACAUGAAUUAUUUCAUUCAUUAGGAGUAGAUCAUGAACAUAAUAGAAUUGAUAGAGAUAACUUUGUUACAAUAAUAGCAAAUCAAAUCAAACCAAUAGAAUUAAGUUUUUUUAGAAAAGUUAACAAUGAGGAUUCAAAUACUUUAAGAGUUCCAUAUGAUUAUGGAUCAUUAAUGCAUUAUAAUGUUGAAGCGUCUUCUUUAUAUGGAAAAAAUACAAUGGUUCCAAGACAUAAAUUAUAUAUGAGAACAGUUGGUCAAUUAAAAGGUGCUAAUUUUAAUGAUAUAAAAACAAUAAAUCUUUAUUAUUGUGAUAAACAAUGUGCAAAUAAAAUUCAAUGUUUUCAUGGUGGAUACCAAAAUCCUAUAAAUUGUCGUGUCUGCAAGUGUGUUGAAGGAUUUAUCGGGCCAUAUUGUAACUUGUUGUCUAUACCAUCACUUACUUGUGGAAAAUCAGUAUAUCAUGCCGCAACAUUUCCAUCAAUAAUUCAAUCGUCUGGUAUCAAACGAUGUAUUUAUCAUUUAAUAACUCAAAAAAAAAGCACUAUAAGAAUAAAUAUUGAGUUUGUUAAUACACAAGAUUAUAAUCAAUUGGUCUGCUCUCCAGAUGAUUGUUUAGAAGUUAAAUAUUGGGCUGAUAAAACAGUUACUGGAGCAAGAUUUUGUGGAGUUAAUAAAUUAAUUAGUAUAAAUUCUAUGGAUCAUCAUGUGAUUAUUUAUUAUAAAAGUACUAAUAUAAAUAGUGGAUUUCGUUUAUUUUUUAGAAAGUUAAGGUGA